AUGAAAAUUUUCGGUUUUUUCGCACUCGUCCUCCAGGCCCAGGCUCAGUCCGACGUUGAGAAGCUAAAAGCGCUGAUGUCCGAGCUCGGCUUCCAAGUGCCUAAAAGGACCUACGCCCCGGAAGAACAGUUUGUGGCGCGCUCCCCAUUCGGAUACGCCCGCCGCUCCAACGUGGAAGACCUCGCCGCCCUCAAAGCGUACUUGGACAGUCAACUCGAGGAAUGA